AUGAGUGCACCGUCCGGUGAAGCCAAACAUAUCUGCAUCGUAGGCGGGGGGCCCGGGGGGUUGGCUGCGCUGAAAAUGAUCAUGGAUACUCCGCAAUACAAGGACGGCCUCUGGCAGGCCACGGUCUUCGAGGAGCGCGAGAAAAUAGGCGGUGUCUGGGUGCCCGCACCUCCCGUGGACGACCCGCCCGUGACCCCCCUCUACGAUUCGCUGACCACCAACCUCCCCCACCCAAUCAUGUGCUACGAGUCUUUCCUCUUCCCGCCUUCGACACCGCUCUUCCCACCAGCCGCGACUGUCGAGAAGUACCUCUCCGACUACGCUGCGCACUUCAACCUCACCCCGCACAUCCGCCUCCAAACACAAGUCAAGUCCGUCGACUGGCUUCCGGAUGUGCAGAAGUGGAAGGUCCAGGUCCAGGCGCAUGGUAUACUGGAAGAACCCCUCUAUGACCUGCUCAUCGUCGCGAAUGGGCACUAUCGCUUGCCGCGGUACCCCACCACGCCCGGGCUCGACGCAUGGCGCGCGGCGGGCAAGGCGACGCACUCCACAUGGUACCGCCGCCCGGAGCACAUGGGCAAUACCGUUCUUGUUGUCGGGGGCGGGCCCAGCGGCACCGACAUCUCCGCAGAGAUGCGCACGGUCGCACACACCAUCAUCCAUUCCAUGAGCAACCCGCCGCCGCACAAGCCGCCGCUCAAGAUCCAAGACCUCGACGGCGGGAGGUUCAAGAUCCGCGGGCGGGUGGCCGCAUUCGGGGACGUGAAGGAGGGCCGGGUCGUCUUUCAGGACGGUUCGGAGGAGGCGGGGAUCGACCAUUGUAUCCUGGCGACAGGCUAUCAGCAUCACGAUCCGUUCCUCCCGCCGACGCUGCUCCGAGUGGAGGUGCCUCCACCUGUGCCGCCUCUCCCGCCGAUGCUCUACAACUCGACGUACCACAUCUUCCCCGUCGCACGCCACCUCUUCCCGCUCUCUCAGUCCUUCCCGCCCUCGCGCAUCGCGUUCCUCGGUUUACUGAAGGGCAUCGCGCCCUUGCCUGUGAUGGAGGCCCAAAUCCGCGCCACACUCGCGGCCUUCGCGGACCCCUCUAUCCUCAACACAGAGACGGAAGCGGCGGGCAUCGUCGAGCGCUACGAGCACCUCCGCGCGCGCUUGGGGGCGGAGGCGAGCGAGUCGCACAUCGCCGCGGCGUGGCACGUGUUCGCGCCGCAGAUGCAGUUCGACUACCGCGACGAGCUGCACGAGCUGAUCGGGUGCAAGGAGCGCGUCCCGAAGUGGGUGCGCGAGGUGUACGACAAGCGCGACGUGCUCCGUGCGGAGUGGCGCGAGCUCGAGCGGAUCGGCGAGGCGGAGGAGUGGGUGCGGGGCGUCGGCGAGGGCGGCGUGGAAGAGUGGGUGCAGCUGAUGCGGAAAGUGUGCAAGCGUGCGGAAGAGAGACCAAAGGAGGAGGUAAAAGACGGGCUAUUAUCUAUCAAGUGCAGUGUCUAA